AUGGAACCGAAUAUUGAGGUUAACUUGGAUAACGUUUUUUUCAAAUCGUACACGGUGGACCCGAAUUGUCAAUGUCCUAUAUUCGUAUUUGACUCGACGUAUUUGCCGUCUACAGAUCAAAUUGAAGACCGAGAGGUCUAUGAUCUGCUUAUUAAUGAGACAAUGAACAAACUUGUGGCAAAACUGCCAGACACGCCGUUUUCACUGGUCGUGUUCAGCUCUGGAUUCUCUCAAAAUAACAUCAGCUGGAUAUACGGCGUGAAGAUGUAUUCCAAAAUUCCUAAAACCACACGGGCAAAAAUACGGAAAUUUAUGAUCGUCCACGAGUCGCUUUUUGUGCGUACUGUUUAUCAGGUGCUUUCCAAUGCGCUCAAUAUCAACCCUUUCAAAGCGAAACAGUCGUCGUCUGACAGCAUUAUAAUACAGCAUUUAUCGAACCUAGAAGAGCUUGCCGGCGUGGUUGACAUCACAAAGCUUCGAAUGUCUCUGAACGUCUACUUGUACGACUACCAUCUGACAGAGACAACAGAUAUUUCGUACUCACCACGGGACCCCAAAUCAGCACUGGCAAAUCGACAAUACCGACAGUUGGUGUUCGAUAAGAUUUUCAAGAGGCUACGAAUUGAAGCACCUCGGCACCAACUCGUUUUUCAACGACCCGGUUCUUACCAAAAAGUGAACAUCCUGUUAGGAGUAAUUGCCAGAAAUAACUACGUCGACCUGUCGCAAUGGGACAUAUACUCAUUGGGGACCAUUUUCCUCAAUUUCAUCAAGGGCAAAUCGAAACCCAUUUUUUCUAUUGACUUGAUACCACUGCCGAUAAGUGAAUGCGUGGAUUACACUUACAAUACCUUUGUCAACAUGAUGAUGCACAAUGGAUACUACGAAUUGACUUCAUACAUAUUCGAGCUAUUCCUGGCACUGCUGGACAAUUCAGAAACUACUUUGCACGACUACAAGUCACUGAGCAAGUGUCUGACACCAACUUUGUAUCACGAAAAAGUAUCCAUGAAAUCUUCGGACAGGUUGGCCAUUGGGUAUAGAUACACUAACAACGUCUUGAUGCAUUUCAGAGAACUCAAACAACGCAUUGAGCUGACUGGCGACCUGGCAGCACCUUCGAUCCAGGCCGUAAAUGCGAAUCUACCUUCGCGUCUGGCAAAUAACGCUCCGAAAGUUCCACCACCCAGAAAAGCCAGCCCUGUGAGAAGCACUUCAUCAAGGGCAAUGAGUCCCACGCGAUCGACUUCAUCUAGUGUAACACAUUUUGACAAGUCUGCAGACGCACCCACCCGCGCACCACCUCUGCCAAGAAGAGCUGAUCAAGAAUCUCAGCAAGAGAUUCGGCAAAGCUCAACACCGAUCUUGCGGCCAGAUUCACCAUCGGUCACUUCAACAGACUCUUUCAACACGGAAAACUCAAUGCCGUCGAGUGCAGCAACUAAUGAUGAUUUGUACUCUGAGGAAGCUGUAGAGUUUCAUCAAAAACUUACGCUCAGCCCACGUAUUGCUAGUGGAUCUUCCAUUCAUUUCGAUGAAUCGGGUACAAACACUGAACUACGGCUCAUUUCUGAAGAGGCUGUACGGUCUCGCCCACGAGUUCCAAAUAACGAAUUUGAGAUCGACCAGAGCAAGAUGAACCUACUACUUAAAAACAAUGAGAAAAUCAGAAAGUUUGACAAAGAGCUGAGAAAAAAGAAGCAACAGGCUGCUGAUCCAAACUUCAGUAGCUCUCCUAGUAAAGGCUAUUCAGACAUCAGAGCAGGAAACAAAGUAAGCCAACUUGCAGCGUUAUACGAAGAGAGGCUGAUUGGAAUACGAGUCAUGGAAGAUAUGCGCAGAAACCAGUAA